UGCUUGGGCCGUGCCGCGGCAGUGCCUGGGCGCGGGGGCCGGGUACCGCUGUCGGAGGAGCAACAUUUAAAAUGUUAAAGGCAGUUUUAAAAAAGAGCCGAGAGGGUGGAAAAGGGAACAAGAAAGACUCAGCAGGUGACUCCAGCCCAGAGAAUGCCUUGCAGGUUAUAGCAACAUCUGGCCACAAUGCAGAUUUUCCCAUUGGCAAUCAGCCAGUCCCCGAGGACACUUAUAGAAUGAACUUGGCUAAAGGAGUCUCAAUGUCACUGCCAUCUUCACCUCUGCUGCCACGCCAGUCUUAUUUGAUGCAGUCAAGAUCAAACAAAAAAUCUCCAGGUCCGAUCAGGAAGCCCAAGUAUGUGGAAAGUCCUAGAGUGCCAGGUGAGGCAGCUUUACCACUGAGGAAAGGAUUGGAGCAAGGAGAACCCAGUCAAAAUGCAAAGCCUGAUAAAGACUCGAGCUGUUCUCCAGCAGCACAAGAAUUGAUGACAAGAUUGGGUUUUUUACUGGGAGAAGGGAUCCCAACAUCUGCUCAUAUAGAAGAGAAAAAUGAAGUCAUGUGUACAGUAGCCAGUCAAGGAGUGAGCCCAUGUUCCACCCUCACAAGCAGCACUACAUCACCUAGCACUGAUAGUCCCUGCUCCACUCUCAAUAGCUGUGUUGGCAAAACAGCUGCUAACAAGGGUAGUAGUCCCUGUGGAACCAUUAGCAGCCCAAGCUCCACCCUGGAGAGCAAAGACAGUGGAAUUAUAGCAACUAUAACAAGUUCAUCAGAAAAUGAUGAUCGUAGUGGAUCCAGUUUGGAAUGGAGCAAGGAUGGGAGUUUCAGAGCUGGAAAACAUCAAAUGAUUAGUCAUGAUCGAAGAACAGAUAACUGUUCACCAGUUGCAGAAGAGGAAGCAGUUGGAUCUGCUGAGAAUUUGCCAAAGGAAGUACCAACAGGAGAGGGUCCCAUUCCUUAUGCUCAAAAUACUGGCUCUUUAAUAAUGCCUCGUCCAAACUCCGUUGCAGCAACAAGUUCAACCAAACUGGAAGAUCUGAGUUAUUUGGAUGGACAAAGAAAUACUCCCUUACGCACUUCAAUUCGUUUACCUUGGCACAACACUGCUGGUGGGAGAGUGCAGCAGGAAAGUAAAGCUCUUUUCAUCCCCUAUAAGCCUCAAGACAUUUUGCUGAAGCCGCUGCUGUUUGAAGUGCCAAGCAUAACAACAGACUCAGUGUUUGUUGGAAGAGAAUGGCUGUUUCAAGCAAUUGAAGAAAAACUGAGGAAUACUGAUCCAUCGGAGAUCAGGGGAGCAGUCAUUACUGGAAAUGUGGGAUUUGGGAAGACUGCAGUUAUUUCACGGCUGGUGGCACUGAGCUGCCAUGGAAGUCGCAUGAGGCAAAUAGCUUCAAAUAGCCCUAAUUCAUGCCCUAAAAGUGGUGAUUCCUGUCAAGAGAUUCCCUUAAGUCAGUUAUCCCCAUCUGCUCCUCCAGCAAAUGGUACCAGUACAAUAAAGACACUGAAUUGUCCUAGUACUCCUGAAUACCAAAAUCAAACAGGUGAUCCUGUAAGACUCCUUGCUUCAAAGGUCGUUGCUUAUCACUACUGUCAAGCUGACAACACAUACACAUGUCUUGUACCAGAAUUUGUCCACAGUGUUGCAGCUUUACUUUGUCGUUCAAAUCAACUAACAGCCUACAGAGAUCUUCUAAUAAAGGAGCCUCACUUACAAAGCAUGCUUAGCCUGAGAUCAUGUGUCCAGGAUCCAGCAGCAGCUUUUAAAAGGGGAGUGUUGGAACCACUUUCAAACCUCAGGAGAGAGCGGAAAAUUCCUGAGGAAGACUACAUCAUUUUGAUAGAUGGUUUAAAUGAUGCUGAAUUUCAUAAACCUGAUUAUGGUGACACAGUUUCUUCAUUUAUCUCAAGCAUAAUCUGUAAGUUUCCUCCCUGGCUGAAGCUCAUUGUGACCAUAAGAACUAAUUUCCAGGAAAUAGUAAGUUCACUGCCCUUUAUUACAAUAUCCCUGGACAAUUUUCCAGACAACAAAGAAAUUCAUGAGGACUUGAAUGCCUAUAUUCAGUACAGAAUUAAUAACAGCCAAGAAAUUAUAAACAACAUAUCUUUAAAUGGAAAAGCUGAUGCAGCUAUUAUUGGGAAAGUGAGUAACCACCUGAUCCUGAGAAGCUUGGGAUCUUACCUCUAUUUGAAACUCACUCUGGAUCUUUUCCAAAAAGGUCACUUAGUAAUCAAAAGUGCAAGCUACAAGGUUGUUCCAGUGUCUCUAUCAGAGCUGUACUUACUUCAGUGCAAUAUGAAGUUCAUGACAAACUCUGCUUUUGAGCGGGCCCUGCCAAUAUUAAAUGUGGCACUGGCAUCCCUACAUCCCAUGACAGAUGACCAGAUUUUCCAAGCUAUUAAUGCAGGACAGAUAAAUGGUGAACAGCAGUGGGAAGACUUCAGCCAAAGGAUGGAAGCCCUUUCAUGUUUUCUGAUAAAAAGACGUGACAAAACACGUAUGUUCUGCCAUCCUUCCUUCAGAGAAUGGCUUGUUUGGAGAGCAGAUGGUGAAAAUACUGACUUCUUAUGUGAGCCAAGGAAUGGACAUGCUUUACUGGCUUUCAUGUUUUCUCGACAAGAGGGAAAGUUAAACCGUCAACAAACUAUGGAACUUGGUCAUCAUAUACUUAAAGCUCACAUUUUUAAGGGUCUCAGUAAAAGGACUGGAAUUUCUUCCAGUCAUCUUCAAGCCUUGUGGAUUGGUUAUAGCACUGAUGGACUGUCUGCAGCCCUUGCUUCACUGAGGAACAUCUAUACCCCUAAUGUGAAGGUGAGUCGGCUGCUGAUCUUGGCAGGAGCAAAUGUGAAUUACAGGACUGAAGUCUUAAAUAAUGCUCCAGUGCUGUGUGUUCAGUCACACCUUGGACAUGAAGAAGUGGUCACUCUUUUACUAGAAUUUGGAGCUGCUAUUGAUGGAGCUUCAGAAAAUGGGAUGACAGCACUUAGUUAUGCAGCUGCUGCAGGUCACAUGAACAUAGUUUCACUGCUGUGCAAAAAAGGUGCAAAGGCAGACUAUGUAGACAAGAAGGGCCAGUGUGCUUUGGUCCAUAGCGCACUGAGGGGGCAUUGUGAUAUCCUUGAAUACUUGCUCAAUGUUGCUUGGAUAGCUCCAUCCCAAGAACAGAAUUCAUUAAGAAGAAGCCAGGCAUUGCAACAAGCUCUAACAGCAGCUUCCAGUAUGGGACACUGUCAGGUGGUUUGUUACAUCUUGACAAUUGAAAAGGAUCAUGGAAUAGACAUCAAUGACACCGAUGCCUUGUGGGGAGAAACAGCUCUGACAGCUGCUGCAGGAAGAGGGAAACUGGAAGUCUGCAAAUUACUGCUUGAACGUGGAGCUGUUGUGUCGAGAGCUAACAGGAGGGGGAUUCCGCCACUCUUCUGUGCUGUGCGGCAGGGGCACUGGCAGAUUGCUAAACUUCUAGUGGAGCAUGGGUCUGAUGUGAAUUUAAGUGACAAGCAAGGCCGAACUCCACUUAUGGUGGCUUCUUGUGAAGGGCACUUGAGCACUGUGGAAUUUCUGCUUUCUGAAGGUGCAACUAUUUCCUCUCUGGACAAAGAAGGACUGACAGCUUUGAGCUGGGCAUGUCUGAAAGGCCACAGGGAAGUGGUUCAGUAUUUAGUUGAGAAAGGUGCAACCACCGAUCAGACAGACAAAAAUGGACGAACGCCCCUAGACCUGGCAGCUUUUUAUGGAGAUGCUGAUAUUGUGCAGUAUUUGGUAGAGAAAGGAGCAAUGAUUGAGCACGUAGACCACAGCGGCAUGCGGCCACUGGACAGAGCUAUUGGAUGUCGUAACACGGCUGUAGUGGUUAUGCUGCUGAGAAAAGGAGCUAAACUAGGAAAUGCAGCAUGGGCAAUGGCCACCUCCAAACCUGAUAUUCUGCUUAUUCUGCUGCAGAAACUGAUGGAAGAAGGAAAUAUACUGUACAAAAAAGGCAAGAUGAAAGAAGCCGCACAGCGCUAUCAGUAUGCCUUGAGGAAGUUUCCGAGGGAAGGAUUUGGAGAAGAAAUGAAAGCAUUCAAUGAGCUGAGAGUUUCAUUAUACCUAAAUUUAUCACGAUGUCGCCGAAAAACAAAUGACUUUGGUAUGGCUGAAGAAUUUGCUACCAAAGCACUGGAUCUGAAACCCAAGUCUUAUGAAGCCUAUUAUGCUAGAGCAAGAGCUAAGAGGAACAGCAGAAAGCUACUUGCUGCUCUCGCUGACUUGCGUGAAGCCACACAGCUGUGUCCCAGCAAUCAAGAGAUAAAACGUCUCCUGGCUCGAGUAGAAGAGGAAUGCAAACAGUUCCAGAGGACACAGCAACAGAAGCAUCAGUCUCCACAGCUACUACAGCAAAUAAACAACUCUGAUAAUGAAGAAGAGGGCAUUAUACAAGGUGUGAAUGACAAUUUUAAUCUUCAAGACCAGGAGGAUGAACUGUCACACCCUGAGGAAUCCGUUUCCUGUUCACAAAGGCUGCAGUGUUCCUUAGCUGCUGCAUCGUACAGCAGGACCCUUCAAGAAGGUGUUCAGCAGAAAGCUAGAUCUGUGUCCCCUCAAAGCAGAACAGGCAGUAAAUACCUGAGAGAGCCAGGCUUGAUCAUGCAGCCAACAAAGCAGGCACAGAUUGUGAAGACUAAUCAACACCUGAACUCUAUCCAGCCUGGACCAAAACCAGGAAGCGGUCCAUGUAAUGCAAAGACACAAUCAUCUUUUCAGCAUCUUCCCCAAAGUCCCUUGCCAGUCCGGCACUGUAAAAUUCAGCAUUUGGAUGGGACAAACACAUUAUCAUCCGGAAGCGUUUCUGCAGGUCCUAGUUCUGAACUGUACAAUGAGAAGUUUGUGUCCAGCCAGUAUUCCCAUUCACAGCAUAAUGAGAAUCUGUCCUCGCAUUCUUUUGCAAGUAAGUCUAAAACUGCUGACCGGUUGACAGCCUCUACUCCAAUGAAUUUUGGUGAAGCAAGGCAGCAAAGUCCUGUUCCCUGUAGUUCUCCAGCCAGUAGUAUGAUUCUCGCCAGCUCAACCAGCAGCUUAAGUUCAGCCGGUAGUUUUUCAGAUAGUAUUAAAGGGCUGGGCCCAGACGUUCGACUCAAGGAGAGUAAUGUUCACCAAGUUCAGGGUACUGCUGAACACAGACCUCGCAAUACCCCAUUUAUGGGGAUCAUGGAUAAGACUGCAAGGUUUCAGCAGCAAAAUACUCAGUCCAGUCGUACUUGGCACUCUCAGGCAUUGGAGGGAUUAUCAACACAUGCUGCUUCUGGGGGCAUUCAGCCCUCCAAUUUCGAGCAGUUCUCAGUCAAGCACUACCAAACUAAAAUCUCCUCUACUGGUGCUGCCCCAGGUGACAGCAGCCAGAAUGGUCUGCAAGCUAAAGAUCGCGAAGAGCUCAAGUGCCAAAUGUCAACCCACUGUCAAGACAGCAGGUCACCUAAACAGGCACCACAUUUAUACCCAGAUGCGGUAUCACAGUCUCACAGCAGUAAGGAAGGCCAUCUGAGUCAUGGCAUGGCUGCGAAACCAAAGCGAUCAUUCAUUGAAUCAAAUGUAUAAAUAUUACUGUGUAUAUUUACAGGGUUGUAAAACUUGGCUCAUGACAUCAUAGGGUAUUACUUCUGUACAAAGUACUGAUGGCUGGUCACUUGUGAGUAUGCAGUCCGUGUUGGCCAGUUUUCAAUGGGCUACAACCACUUCAAACUGGUCCUACCAUCACAGGACAGUUACAGUAACUGGAACAGCAAACCUGUGUGAAAAGAGUUCGUGCAGACAAAGCCUUUCCAUCCUCUUUUGCCAUCAAGUAAGAUUUUCAUUUUACAUAGGGCUUUAAUCUCUGGUUAUAUUACAUCUCACCACUUACUUACAUAAUAAUUGUGCCUCUCUAAUGCUUAAGUAAGUGCUUACUUCUCAAAACAGUGUUAAGAAAGAUAAUCUGCUGCAUUAUACUCAGAUCUGUAUAUGUAUGCUUUUUUUUAAAUCAAAGAUAGUAUUUUAUCACUUUUCUAGUGGGAUCUAAUUUGGGUUGCAUGAUGUACAUUUAGGAAGCAUAAAUAAUUUGUGUCUGAGUACAACAGAAGCGGCCAUGUUUGGAUAUGUAAAUAUAACUAUUUUUAGUAACUAGAAGAACUCAAGUAAAAUAAACGGCGACAUUUGCAUGUGUAUUGAAAGGCUUUGACCAUAUUGGUUAUUGCACUAAGAACACAAUAUUAUGGCAUAUUAACAAUAAUCGCACUUUAUAUAGUUUAUCUAAUCACCUUUGGGUGCUAUCUUAAAGCAAGAUGAUUUAUUGUUUAUUGUGGAAAAAGGUACAGCAGUGAAAUCUUUAGGAAUUGUUUUUAUGGGAAACCUAAGAAAUUGAUGAAGAUGAAAGUUUGAGGGAAACUGUACAUGCAGCUGUGUGCCAGGAUGAAAUUGGGACGUUUCUCAGAGGAAAUCUGGUUUUACAUUGGUGAGAUCGUUCUGCAAACAAGGAGCUGUAGUGCCAUCCCUGUGCGUGCAGGUAGGCUGGAGUGGUCAAUGUGACAGGCACAGUUCAGGUCCCCUUUGUGGACAGUGUUGGACAUUGUAAACAGCCGUACCACUUUUUACAACUUCUUUUUGAGUUUGCAUCAUUAUGCUUUAGCUUAUUUAUUGUUUACUGUUUCUUUGAUACUUUGUACAACUCCUAUAUUAGUCUUGUCCUGUAGUUCUAUUUUUGCACAGCUACUGUAUUUUUUCCAUACAAAAUAAAGACUAUUAAUACA